UUACAGCCUUACCCAAAAAAACAUGAAGCACUCCAUCCGAAGUGACCACCUGGUGAAGGAGCAAAUUAGAAGAAAGUUGGAAUCCAACGAAUAAAGCAAAGUGGGGAAGAGAGAGAGAGAGAGACCAGAAUGGCAGAAGGAAACAGUGCAGAGCUUUUGGGGAAAGCUCGAAGUCCAAAUCUAUAGAAGAAGAAGAAGAAUAAGGAGGAGGAGAAAAAUCAUUCAGAAGACGAGGAAGAAAAAACGAAGAUUCGGCACUGAAAUGGGCGGUGGUGCGUCAAGGUGGAGGCGGGCGGCGCAGAAGAUCGGAUUUCCCUGUACUUUUCUCGUCGGCGAAGCUACACCUCACCAAAAUUCCUCACCCAUCUUGGCCUCAGCGUUUCCGAAAUCCUCGGCCAGUUUGGAAAGAACUCAUGGGGAAGAAUAUGGUGGCUUCCAAGCGAAGCAAAAUCUAUGCACCAUAUGUUUGGAACCUGUCAUCUUCAACGAAGAUGGUAGCAGCUGCAACCAGUCAAAGGUCUUCACUGCUCAAUGUUCUCACUCCUUCCAUCUAACGUGCAUUGUCUCCAACAUUCGACAUGGAAAUAUGACUUGCCCGAUAUGCCGCACCCAUUGGUCUCACCUUCCCCGCCACCUUCUCUUUGCUUCUCGUGCUCUUCCUCCUCUUGAAUCCUCAUCAUCUGAUCCUGUUCUUCGCAUACUCGAUGACUCUAUCGCCACCUCUCGUGUCAACCGCCGUUUUUCCCUUCGUUCCACUCGAUACAACGAUGAUGACCCAACUGAACCCAAUUCAACUUCCCUCACUCGCCUUCUUCUUUCCUUUAUUGGGCCCUCUACUCAUUCUCCUUCCAGUCUUCUUCUUCGCCUUGCUCCCCAAUCACCUAUUGAUCUUGUGCUUGUCGCAACGCCCAAUGGCUCACACCUUCGACUGCUCAAACAAGCAAUUGCACUUGCUGUGUUCUCUCUCCGCCCCACCGACCGGCUCGCACUUGUCACCUGCUCGCCUGCAGCCGCCACCCGUGCUUUCGCGCUUCACCGUAUGUCUUCACAUGGUAAGCGUACUGCUCUCCAAGUAAUCGACCGUCUCUCCUACAUCGGCGAGGUUGAUCCAACAGAAGGUCUACAAAAAGCUGCAAGGAUAUUAGAGGAUCGAGCACAUCGAAACCCGGUUUCCUGCAUUCUACAUCUUUCAGAUAGUCCGAUUGCGCGAGUGGUCGACCAACAAGUGCAUUGCUUCCAUGUUGGAUUUGGUUUCGGGGCUUCAAGCGGGUUCGUCAUGCAUGAAUUUGAGGAGUUUCUAGCACGGGUGAUCGGCGAGGAGAUUAGAGACGUGCAUUUGAGGAUUGGGAAGGAAGGCAAGGAGGUUAGGAUCGAUGAUUUGAGGUGCGGCGAAGAGAGGAGGAUUCCGAUUGAUUUGAGCAGGGAGUCUGAGUUCAUUUAUGUAAGCUAUGAGUAUAAAGAAUGUGGCGGCAAAGAGAUUAUGGUGACGGGAGAAAUGGUGUUGGAGAUUGGGGAGAAAGGAGAAGGGAGAUGUGAGGAGGAGAUGAGCAAUGGAGUUGGGCCAAGGAGGAGCUGUGCAGAGAGAUGGGAUUAUCUUGAUCCAUUCAUGGCUAGGAGAUGGGCAAAGCAUUUGCAUGGAUAUAAAGCUUAACUAUGAUAUUGAUUUAGGUUUUCGUUUGGGACUAUUUUUUUAUUGAUUCUUAAAGUAAUUUUUUAGUACAAAAAUUAAUUUUUUAAUACUAAAAAGCUGCAUUAAGAAGCAAUAAAAAGCCGUCCCAAAUGAAAUCCUAGUUGUUUUGAAUGAAGGCCAAGUUCAGGGCAAAUUAUUGCAUCUGGUCACCUGACAGAGAGGU